GGCGGGAACAGCAAAAUGGCGCCAGAACUAGCGGCGGGCUGAAGACACCGGCCCCCUUCGGAAGCCGAUCCUGCGGUCCCGGCCCGCCCCUGCCGCGCGCCCAGCCCCUCCCGGACAUGGAGGACGUAGAGGCGCGCUUUGCCCAUCUUCUGCAGCCCAUCCGUGACCUCACCAAGAACUGGGAGGUGGACGUGGCGGCCCAGCUGGGCGAGUAUCUGGAAGAGCUGGACCAGAUCUGCAUUUCUUUUGAUGAAGGCAAGACUACAAUGAACUUCAUUGAGGCCGCGCUGCUGAUCCAGGGCUCUGCCUGUGUCUACAGUAAGAAGGUGGAGUACCUCUACUCGCUGGUCUACCAGGCCCUCGAUUUCAUCUCUGGGAAAAAGCAGGCCAAGCAGCUCUCCUUAGCGCGGGACGAUGGGGGUGCUGGGGAUGCCAGCUCCGGGGGCCCCCGGGAGCCAGAGGACGAGUUCUUGUCCCUGGAUGAGAUGCCCGAUGCCCGGGCCUGCGUGGACCUGAAGGAUGGCCAAUCUGCCAGUGAAGUGGUCAUUGUGCCCCUCAUGCCCAUGGCCCUGGUGGCCCCGGACGAGGUGGAGAAGAACCACCACCCGCUGUACAGGUAUGGGCCCGAGCCGGGCGCUUGGGAGGGCUGCCUGGGAAGGUGUCUACUGCAGGUGUGUUUUUGCCGGCACAGCUGUCAGGGAGAGGUGCUGGCCAGCCGGAAGGAUUUCAGGAUGAACACAUGCACCCCCCACCCCAGAGGGGCCUUCAUGCUGGAACCCGUGGGCAUGUACCCCCAGGAGACGCUGCUGCAGAGGACCCAGAAAGACACUGGGAGGGCUGAGGAGCAGCCAGUGGAAGUCUCUGUGUGCAAGAGUCCUGAGCCUGCACCCAGCUGCUCCCCAGAGCCAGAAGGCCUGAUGCCUGGAGGUGGGGGGGAUGACAGGGGUGAAGACGAGGAGGACGAGGCAGCGGCAGAGCUCCCCGAGGCCGUGGUCCCUGAGGUCCCUCUGGAGCUGAGCCCACAGCAGAGUGCUGACCUGCCCCGGAGGUACAUGCUGCGUGAGCGAGUGGAGGCCCCAGUGCCCAUGUCCCAGCUGAAGCGUCUGCUUGUGCUCUGUGCUCAGAAGGCCCCGGAUCCCUGGCAGAGCCUGGACCCCUUCGACUCCUUGGAGUCUAAGCCCUUCAAGAAAGGUAGGCCCUUCUCUGUGCCACCCUGCGUGGAGGAGGCUCCGGGACAGAAGCGCAAGAGGAAGCGUGCCACCAAGCUGCAAGACUUCCACCAGUGGUACCUGGCCGCUUAUGCUGACCACACUGACAGCAGGAGGCCGCGGAGGAAGGGCCCGUCCUUCGCAGACAUGGAAGCCCUGUACUGGAGGCACGUGAAGGAGCAGCUGGAGGCCCUCCGGAGGCUGCGGAGGGGGGAGAUGGGCGAGCAGUGGCUGCCAAGGGCCGAGGAGGGUCUGUGGCCUGAAGAGGAGGAGCGGCUGGAAGACUCGCUGGAGCACCUUGGGGCGGCAGAUGAUUUUCUGGAGCCCGAGGACUACUUGGAGCCCGAAGGGACAAGGCCUGGGGAAGGUGAUGACCUAGAUGCAGAGACCAGGCCACCAUCCCUGAGCUACGAGGAGCUGGUUCAAAGGAAUGUGGAACUCUUCAUAGCCACCUCCCAGAAGUUUGUCCAGGAGACGGAGCUGAGCCAGCGCAUCCGAGACUGGGAGGACACCAUCCAGCCCCUGCUCCGGGAGCAGGAGCAGCACACGCCCUUUGACAUCCACACUUACGGGGACCAGCUGGUCUCACGGUUUAGCCAGCUCAAUGAGUGGCGUCCCUUUGCCAAGCUGGUGGCCGGCCAGCCUGCCUUCGAGGUGUGUCGCUCCAUGCUGGCCUCCCUGCAGCUGGCCAAUGACUACACGGUGGAGAUUGCGCAGCAGCCAGGGCUGGAGGUCGCUGUGGACACCAUGUCCCUGAGGCUGCUCACGCACCAGCGGGCCCACAAGCGCUUCCAGACCUACGCGGCCCCCUCCAUGGCCCAGCCCUGACGGCACUCAGACGGGGUGGGUGGGGCUGCCAGCCCCCUGGCCCCAUGCAUGCUGGGACAGAGAGCAUCUGCUUCUUGGCUGGCCCAGCCUAAUAAAGUGGCACUGCCAUCCCACCUACCCACCAAACAAUGAUGUCCAAACUCCCGUUCUGUGCAGAGAGAAGGGUUGCC